AUGUGCUCACAGUCAACGGUUUGGCUGUAUCCGCUACAUACGACACCCUCUCGGAGACUUCGAUCGAGCGGUAACAGGAAAGACAAACGACGAGCACACAGCCAGACAUCCCACGAAGGAACGCGAGAGAGGCCUCCAGAACAGAGUGCAAGUCGACGAACGAUGAUGGAUUUCUCCACGCUUAUCGAUAACCUGAAGUUGCCACUGAUCGGAGGUGCACUUCUAUCGCUCUCGAGCAUGAACCUCAUGCUGGAUUUCAGCAAAGUCUUCGGCUGUUCCCAAUCACUCAAGACCCUUCAACAAUCCUACAAACUGCUUCUUUUUCGUUUCUCCCAAAACAGUACUAACAAUGGCCACACCAACAUCUUGUUCAACAGCCAGAACCUGUUUAUCGCCACGGGACUGUUCCUGAUGGGCUCGAUCCUCAGACUGUUCAUGAACUUCAUCGAUCGUAAUCUGUCCAACCACGAGAGCUCGAUCUUUGACUCCUCCGUGCUCUCUAAUCACGUCGAUAACUCAAGAAGUGAUGAUCACCAUGUCCUCAACAAUCUCUUGCUCUUUACUCUUGCCGGACUGCUCUCUGGUGCUGGAACUACCCUCGCCUCCGGCUGUACUUCUGGUCAUAUGUUGUGCGGAAUGGCGCGUGGUAGCAAGCGGAGCAUCGUGGCCACCUGUGUUUUCUUUCCCGUGGCGAUUCUCACCCACCGAGUCCUCAAACCCUUAAUGAAUCGGAUCGGAGCGGCCUCGCAACAUGACUUGAUGUACCAAGAAUUCUCGCAUUCAGUUUCGGCAACAACAAGCUUCGAUCGGAUCAUAUGUGGGGCGAUAUUCACGGCCCCCUUUAUAGCUUAUCUCGUUCUCAAACUCUUGGUCACACCCGACCGUCUGGUUCCGUUGCGGCUUGGGCUGCUUGGGGCGACCUUCGGCUCGGGACUGACCCUCUCAGGGAUGACAAAACCAUCAGUGGUCUUAGGCUUUUUCAAUUUCCCAUUGUCCACAUGGGAUCCUAGCUUAUUAGGCGUCGCCAUUGCCGGGCUCGGCCUGAACACCUUGGUCUAUUGGGUCACCGUCAAGCCUCGAAUUGACUCCUGGCUUGCGGUUCGUCAACUGGCGUCAAGCGAAAAUGCUAGUGGAACCGAGCGCCCUUUGCUUGAUAAGCUGGACCGCUUGGCUCCGCCUUGCGCAACCCCUCCAACUUGGCAGUUACCUGAGAUGACCAACAAUGAGAUAACUGCCCGUCUGGUAUUGGGAAGCGUUCUCUUCGGGUUGGGUUGGGGAUUUGCUGGAGUUUGCCCCGGACCUGCACUAGUAGUCUUUGGGGCAUAUCCAUUUUCAUUUGUCAUGUGGGGCUGGCUAUUAGGGUUUUUUGCGGGCAGUCACGCGAUUCCUUAA